GGUCAGUUGAGUAAGCGAAGCCGGCGGGAGGGGAUGUGUCGCCCGGCUGUACCAUGGAACUUCAUUGGGGGACUAGUGCACUGGAUUUUGCCGCUGUGUUGAGGCUGUGGAUUGUGUUGCGUGACGGUGUUGUUCCUCUCGUGUGACCAUGAUGCACAGUGCUGGGACGUGUGUUACCUGCGUGGUCUUCCUUCUCGUGUUUGAGGUGAAGACUUUGUGACAGGUGUGCGUGUGUUUACCUGACGGCUGUUCAAGGAGUUUUCCGGGGCAAGGUGACGCGUGCAUCUUGUAAGUAUACACUGUGAUACGGAUCCACACACACGCAUACUAGUCAGUCAUUCCAUAGAGAGCUUGAGUGAUAGCAUAAACUGUUGUCCUCUGAAGCGAGACUGAGGUGUGCAAAAGGGAAGAAAGAUAAGAAGACGAGAGAAGGAACACACACUAGUCAUUCCAUCGUGAGAGCCUGCGAGUGAUAGCAUACACUGUUGUCCUCGUUCUGUCCUGAGUGAGACUUAACGCGUGCAAGGGAAAGACACACGAGAGAAGGGGCGCAGGAUAGAGAGAGGGGAGCCCAACGCCAAAAUAGGCACAAUGGUGAAAGAUUUCCUCACGCGAAGCAAAACCCCGACCCUCCCCCAUGAAGACAUCUACGCCAAGCUCCGGGAGGGCGGGAUCUGCCCCAACUGCAGGAUGCCGUUCGACAAGGGCAAGAAGAGGAAGCUGAUCGACCAGUGUGGACACGAGAGGUGCUACUCCUGCCUCUUCAAAUCCGAGACGUGUCCCAUCUGCGCCCUGCAAGCUCCGCCCAAGAAGCUGCAACACUCCCAGUCUCGGCCGUCCCUGUCGCCCCCUCCAGCGGGUACCCUCGCAGGAGCCGGCCCCGGGCGCUCCAAACUGAUCACCAAUGGUACCUUCAGCUCAUACUUCAAGGGUGGUGGGGCGGACCCUGGGCUGCCUCCUGAACGCCCCUCCCCUUCCCGCUCCGUGUCCCCUCGCCGUAUCCCCCAUGCCCCCAACGCCCAUAUCCUCAGUCCUCUCUACGCCUCCUCCUCCUCCUGCUCUCCAAUGGGUUACGGGACACCCACGCCCACUCUCGCCUAUCCUCCUCCUCCCGCGACGGUGGCAGGACGGGAGGCUGUCUACUCUCGCCUCGCCCCUUGGCCUGUUGCACCGAAAAGUCUCGGCGGUACCCCAGCUAGUGCCCGGCGCAGGGGGGGCGUGGCCGGUGCCCGAGUGCCCCCCCUCUCCCCCUGGUCACGUCGAGCGGCCAGACCUAACACCGUCAACGUGGACUCUGCUCAUCACCUCACAGCGCUCCUCUCACCGGCUGAAAAGAAGAGUUCCAAAAAUAAAAGUCUUGCCCGCAGGAUAAAGUCCCUUUGGAGUAUAGAUGACGAGUGUGACGCAGACAACGAGGCCGGCAGUGGAGGCAGCGGCGAGGGAGGGGAGGGCGGCCACAAGGAUGGUGAGGACCUGUACAUGCGUCUAGAGCUGCUGCUGGGGGAAGGCGCCGCACCUCCCACCUCCACCACCAGACCCUCCAGGGCAGCCUCCUCCCACACCUCCUUCAGCUCCCUCUCAGCCUCCUCGGAAGUCAACACCACAGCUUCCAACAACACAAGCCCGGUUUCGACUCUAAAUGGUUCCUCAGAGGUGGAGUUGCGGAUGCCCGGCGCCCGAGAUGCCUCAAUGGAGAGCAUGAACUCCUUCCUGUCCCACGGUGCCUCCUCUUCCAACGCCUCCGCCUCCCCCACCACCACCCCCCGCAGGCACUCAGUCACCACGUCACAACCCGGCCAGGUGGAGGAGCUGAGUCUCUUUGGCAGGCGAAGAUCCUCCGUCCGGCGCUCAGCAAGAAAUGCCCCGGUGAAGGGCCCGCUAGACCCCAAAGUGCGAUUCGCCAGUUACCGCGGAGCACAGCUGAGCCUGAGGCCGUUGUUCUUUGAGGUGCCGCAGCAGGACCCAGACCCCCUCUUCACGGGGCGGGCCUGGCUCUUCCACGAGAUGAAGGUGCAGCUCACCAGCGACACGCCCACCAACCGCGGCAUCAUCCUUUCCGGCAAUGUGGGCGCCGGCAAGACCGCAGCCAUCCUGCAGCUGGUGGAGUACAGCUGCUUCGGCCGCAAGAGGGACGAGUCAAUAUACCAAGAUCCGUACAGCAAAGGAGGCAGCCUGGUCUCAGAGGGGGUGAAGACCUUAGCCUCAAGACUUGUCGCCUACCACUUCUGUCAGGCCGAAAACUCCACCACCUGUUUGGUUCCCGACUUUGUGCACUCCAUCGCUGCCCAGCUGUGCCAGGCCCCGCAGCUCCACGCCUACCGGGACCUCCUAUUGGCCGAGCCGCAGACACAGGCACUCCUGGCCCUUCCCGCGUGCAUAAGUGACCCGUCAACAGCGCUGGUCAAGGGCAUUCUGGAGCCGCUGCACAAUCUGCGUCGGCUGGGCAAAGUCGGAGCUGACCCGCUGAUCAUCGUGGUGGACGGGCUGUGCGAGGCUGAGUACCACCGCCCAGACCACGCCGACACCCUCGCCUCCUUCCUCGCACGCUACUCCGUCAAGCUCCCGGCCUUCAUCAAGCUCAUCGUAAGCGUGCGCACCCAGCUGGUUGACCUCACCCGCCUGCUGCCCUUCCACCGAAUCUCACUCGACCCUGACCACCGGGCCGACCCAACCACCGACCUCGCUGCCCGGGAUCUUUCGGAUUACAUCAGUUUCCGGUGCAUGCACUCGCCCAGCAUCAGGUCCAACAUCACGGUCACACAGGGCAAGAUGGAGGGAGGCUCGGCCCAGCACCGCUUCACACACUACGUCGUGGCACAGAGUCGCGGCUCAAUGCUGUACAUCAAGCUCAUCCUGGACCUGGUGGAGCGAGGCCACCUGGUCAUGAAGUCCGGCUCAUUCAAGGUUCUUCCCCAGACUCUGAGUGAAAUCUUCCUCCUGUUCUUCAACCUUAGGUUUCCAAGUGUCAGAAGCUUCGAGAAGGUUCAGCCAAUUCUCAAUGUGGUGCUGGCAUCCCUCAACCCUCUCUCCCUUCCUGAGAUUUACCAUUCAGUCAACGCUGGGCUCCUGUUCAAGUUCCUGUCUUGGGAUGAGUUCCUCAACUGCUUUAGAAUACUGAAUUCCUUCCUGGUCAAGCGGCUGGACGACACCUACAUGCUCUUCCACCCUGCUCUGCGGGAGUGGCUGGCCAGGCGGUCCGAGGGAGAGUCGCCCAAGUUUGUGUGUGACCCGAGAGCUGGCCAUGCUAACCUGGCCCUUCGUAUGUCACGCCUUGAAUGGCCCCUUGACCCCGAGGCCUCCCUGGAGCUGGGCCACCACAUCCUGAAGGCCCACGUGUACAAGAACAUGGCCCGGGGUCUUCCACUGUCUCCAAGAGAUCUGCAGGCACUCUGGCUGGCCCAGUCCUCACACAAUGUCUCCCAGGCACUCGCUUGCACAAGAAACCUGUACAGUCCUAACACAAAGGUUUCCAGACUGUUACUUCUUGCUGGUGCCUCACCGGACUACCCCAGCGAACACCUCCACAAUGCUCCCAUCCUGGGCGUGUGUGCCCACCAGGGACACACGGAGAUGGUGGCUCUUUUCAUAGAAUUUGGUGCUGAUGUCAACCUGGCAAACAGCGAGGGAGUCACGGCCCUGGGCAUGGCAUCAGCCCAGGGCCACUGUGAUGUGGUCAGGCUCCUGGUGCAGGCCGGCGCAUCCCUCACCUCCAAGGACAAGCAGAACAACACCCCCAUAGUGCAGGCUGCAGCGGCAGGCCACCUCAACGUGGUGGGCUACCUGCUGUCCUGUGACUGGCCCGGACCCAGCGACCUCCUCAGGAACCAGUCCCACCAGGCCCUCGUGGCCGCAGCAUCCAACGGACACAUCAAUGUGGUGGAGUUUUUGUUGGACAUGGCUGAGGUGAGUGUAGACGGUGAGGACACAGUGACCGGGGAGACGGCCCUCACCAUGGCCGCCGGGGCCGGCCACACCGCCAUGGUGGCCGCCCUGCUGCGGGCCGGCGCAUGCAUAACCAAAGGCAACUCUCGAGGCACGGCACCGCUCACCUGUGCCGUGCGCAACGGCCACUACGAGGUGGCCAAGCUGUUACUCAGCCAAGGCGUGGCGGUGGAGACUCCAGACUCCGGCGGCCGAACCCCUCUGAUGGUGGCCGCCGCGGAGGGCCAUCUUGGUCUCAUGGAGCUGCUAAUAUCCCGCGGGGCGUCCAUCAGCCGCACCGACCGCGAGGGGCUGUCCGCGCUGGGCUGGGCCUGCCUGCGCGGCCAUGUCCACGCCGUGCAGUACCUGGCGGACUGCAACGCCGACCUGAACCAUGCGGACAAGACCGGCCGCACCCCCCUGGACCUGGCCGCCUACCAGGGCGACCCCAUCGUGGUACAGUUUCUGCUGGACCGCGGGGCGCUGAUAGAGCACGUGGACAUCAAUGGCAUGAGGCCGCUGGACCGUGCAAUCAGCGCCCGCAACGCCGCAGCCGUGCAGUGCUUCCUGCGACGCGGCGCCAAGCUGGGGCCGGCAACCUGGGCCAUGGCCGCGGGGAAACCCAACAUCCUGGUGAUGCUUCUGAACAAGCUUCAGGAAGACGGCGUGGCUCUGUGCCGUAAGGGGCGGCUCAAGGAGGCCGCCCACCGCUUCUCCUACGCCCUGCGCAAGCUUCCCGUGGGUGACCAGGGCGAGCACUCUGCCACCUUCACCCACCUCCGCCUUCACCUCACCCUGAACCUCUCACGGUGUAAAAGAAAAAUGAACGAGAUUGAGGAGGCCAUCCACUUGGCUAACACUGCCCUCACCAUCAAGAGUGACUCCUACGAGGCCUACUACGCCCGGGCACGUGCGAAGCGAGAGGCAAAACAACUGAAGGAGGCCCUGGAGGACGUGAAGGAGGCCGUGAGACUCGCGCCGCCCACCCGUGAUGUGCGUCGCGUCCUCAUUAAGAUUCAGGACGAGAUGCAGUGCGAGCUCGACUCCUGCUCCUCCAUCGACCUGGCCCAACUCCGCCAGCUGGCAGCCUCCGUGGACACCCUAUCCGAGGCUGACCUCCCCAUGACCUCCAGCAUCCUCUCAGAGUCUGGGUACUCCUCCAACAUUUAAAUUAUUCCUUGCUGCCAUACUCCGCUGCCAAUUGGUGUUCUCAUUAGGUAUAGUUAAAAGGUAUUGAUCAGGCGUUUAACAUCACCGAAAUUCAUGGUCUCAUUCGCUCAUCUGUUGGAAAAUUUUAUAAGCAGUGUUGUCAGUAUAAAAUUCGUAUAUACUAGGAUGUUACUCCACUUCUAAGGAUAAGCCGUUACCCCACUACAAGCCCAUGUAUUCAGCGUAUACCGAGACGCGCUGUAAUAAGCUGUUGAUCGCGGUGCUUCAUUUGGAGAUGCAGGUUCACUCAUAUAAUUCCAUAUCAAGAAUUCCACUAACUUUGAGACAUACCUUAAAAGUACGCACCAUGAGCCUUUUGAGAAGUCGUCGUUUCGUCCGUCUUCUGUAUUUCUGUGUCGUAUUCCGUGCUGUGUUAUCCGUAGAUCCCUGUAAGACAUUGAUUUAACCUUUACUACCGACUAAAUUCACUUGUAAUGCUUGAUAGUCACCUCUCGAAAGGCUCAUGCAAGGGAAUACUUCCUAUCCGAAAUACAUAUGACUGACCGUAUAUCCACACUAAUGGUUCUCGACACAAUUUCCACCAUACUGAUUAAACCACGGAGACUCGCCGCGCCACGCCGGCUGAGACUCAACUGAUUUCGACGCCUUGAUCCGGACACACACUCACAAAACAGCUUGGGUGACUUGAACCUUCCAUUUGUAAAGUUUUCCCAGUUUUUCGGUUUUGCUUCCCUGGCAGUCAAAGGAAGGUUAGUUUUGGCCACAAGUCAGCUUUCUAAAGAUAACUUGACCUGAGAACUGCCAGGACAGAGCCACUGGUGCCACCCUAUACCUGGCACCUGGGUCACUAUAGCAGGGAGAGAGUGGGAGUCUAACCUUGAAUCCUUGAUGGGGGUCUUAGCCAAUCUUGCAACCAUCAGCCAACAGCAAUCCCAUCAGUCCCUCCCACAUCACUCUAAAUUUAAUGGCAAUAAUCGUAAACCAAAUUAACUCGUUUAAAGUCGUGUAUUCGUAGUCUUAAAAUCACAUUCGCUCUAACUGAAUUUAUCCUUAUUUUUUGUCUUUGCUAGCACUGCGCUCUCUCCCUCGCCAACCCCACGGCUCUGAGAAUAUCUAUAGUGUUUACAUUUCUCGUUUAGUCACCAGCUAAAAGUCAGUAAUUGUUAUAUCAAAUACUAAAAAUGCAAAUAAAAAACGUGUGGUUAUACCUAAAUCAGCAUGAAGCGGAAUACAUGAGGGAAUGCAUGUGCGUGUUUUGUGUAUGAGCAGAUCAAGGUGGAUGCAGCGAGUGGAUGGAAUGUACCUGGUGACUGUGAUAGGUUAAGGUCCACAAUGCCUAUACAUACCUCGUGGCAUCACAGAAACACUCCUCUUAACUGUUUCUGUGAUACCAUGACGAGGUUUUAUCGGAAGGAGGCUAAACACACCCUACUGAAAGACAUCUUCACCUUCUCGUAUACUCUUCACCCAUUCUGUUCAUAUUGAUUCAGUUGUUUGUUGUGUUUGCAAAAUUGUUACGGCUUUCCUGGACUUUUCGUGCUUUGUGUGUAGACAUUGCCCUCGCCCCUGUGUUGUGCCUCCUUCCUGUUCCCCCCUCGGAAUGUUCCCAGUGAGUGCCGCAGGGCCAGGCUGGAGUCUAAGGUCCAUGGGAGUGCAGGAGGUGCUCGACCCUGCCCGGCCGACCCCCUGACCCCAGCCUGGCACCUCUGACCUGUCCAGCAGCAAGGAAUUGGCCUCCCCAAUUGGCUCCCACAAUGCAAUAGUUAGUCAGGUGCCCCACAGCGUCAUGACCCCCAGCAUCACAAAAACACAGGUAAACCUCUUUUGUUUGCAAAGAGAACUUACCGCGGCAUACACACACCUCUCCUAUAUGGCGAUAUAUAGGAACAAUAGGUUAGCAAUGCAGAUUUACACAAGUCCUGUGUAAGGAGAUGAUGGGUUUUGUGUUCUGGGGGUCAGGAUCUGUGUGGUGCCAAAAUUUGAGAACAGGAGUUAAAGAAUUGUUUAAAAAUCUACAUUAUUAUUUAAAAUGAUUGUUGCCCAAGGCAGAAUUUGCUAGUCAUUUUUAUAAAGAUAGUGAUGGUGAUGAGAGGCGCGUAGCCAAGUGCAAGAUUGUAUGAUCCUUGUACAGUGUACAGUCCUGUAGCGUUACGGGCGUGCGUUCAUGUUUUCUACCAAUGCAGAGCGGUGGGCGGCCGCGUGCCGCCCGCCGCGAGGUGAGGCGGUGUGCUGUACUCUUAAGACUUACGUAAUGCUGUCCUGGGUUAUGUUAUGUCAGUGUUAACCCAAGAGUUUCAAUAAUGGCUCGCUGAUCACUUGUAAUCUCUAUGAUCUCUUUAUAAUCAACUGUUCAGUUAGUUAAGCUGCCAAAUUUUAUACUCUAGUAUUUACAAUAUAUAUAUGUUAAUAAAUAUACCUGAAUGUA